GGGAUGUGUUUCUAUGAAGCACGCAUGAAUCACGGAAGGAGCCCAGCGGUCAUGGUGCUUCAAAUCCAACGGCAAGGGCGUCCGAUUCGACAGUCAUAAAGCGCAUCGUGGCGAGAAAGGGUAGUUACGGAGACGACACAGCGGCCGCUGUAUUCCCCUUCCCCAACCCUACUUCCGGCGAGCCGAGCCGGCCUGCUUCCACUAGGGCUGAGACUGAAGCACCGAUCCUCGAGUCGAGGAGGAGCCGAUGCCGCCAACAGGAGGAGGCGAGCAUGGCUGCACGAACAAGGGCCACCUGCCGUCGACCGGCCGCCGUCGCGACGACGAGCCGCCGUUGCCCGCCGUUCCUCUCAUAGUCUAUCAGAGGAAGAAGAAGAGGCAGUUGAAGAAGCACCAGGUCGCGGAGAGCAUCCCGGAGGGGCCCCUCGUCGAGAUCCUGUCGCGGGUGCCCUACAGCUCACUCUGCCGCUUCAAGUGCGUGUCCAGGUCGUGGCUCGCCCUCUGCUCCGACCCAGACAUUCGAAAGAGAUCGCCGCAGACCCUGUCCGGCUUCUUCCACAACUACAAAUACGGCAACCUCGAGUUCCGCAAUCUGUCCGGGCGAGGCCCCCCAAUGGUUGACCCUUCUCUUCCUUUCCUGGGCGACUAUGAGAGCUUCACCGUUCAACAAUGCUGCAGGGGUCUGCUCCUCUGCAGCUGCUCGAAACCUGGUGCCACGAUAGACCACUUUGAUCUUGUGGUCUGCAAUCCCGCGACUCACAAGUAUUCCGUCUUGCCUCCUUUAGUGUUCUUGGAUGAAGAGGCUGGUGGUGACCCUGCAUGUUUCCUACCAAUGAAUGCCUUCCUAGGCUUUGACACAGCUGCUCCGUCUCGCUUUGUGGUGGUUGUUCUCCUGGCAGGUUGUCCGGACAAUGUUGCCGUCUACUCAUCGGCAAUUGGACGAUGGAUCCGGAGAGCGUGGGAUCACGGAGCUGUUCCUGUUGUUACUGCAGAAUGUGUCUUCCUAAACGGGUUUAUUCACUCGCCGAUCCAUGAACCUUACAUAGCCGUAGUGGGCACAAAGGGAGAGACAAUGUAUUGGAGCACAAUUCCUCUUCCAGAAGCCAUGGAACCAAGCAAUGGUAGUUCUUCAAUGGGGCAGUCUCAGGGACUUCUGCAUGCUUGGUAUAUAGAUCCUGAAGAUUACCAACUCUCCGUCUGGGUGCUCGAGGAUUAUAAGAUUCAUAUCUGGACCCUCAAGCAUAAUGUUAACGUUCUAGAACUGUUGGAUACACAACAAGAUGAUGGUGGGUUCUAUGAGGUGUUUGCAAUUCAUCCAGAACAGAAUAUGAUUUUCAUUAACAACGGGGAGGAUACAACUAUCUCGUACAAUAUGGAUACCCGGGAAGUGUGUGUUAUGUGCACUUCUGGAGAAUUCAUGGAUGGUCUACCUUAUAUUCCCUGUUUUGCGGAAUGAUUAUCAGAUGAAUACUUACUUCAUGCGGCUUCAUCAUGUAUUUAACGUGGCACUAUAAUGCCUAUGUAAAAUUCAGUCCUUGGGUAUGUUCCUAAUCUGCUAGUGUACUUGAAGGCUCCAAGCCAUUAAUAAUGUAGUAUCUUGUGGUU